GCCGCCGCCGCCGCCAUGGAGGGCUUCGUGGACUUCACCAACCGCAGCCAGGGCCGCGACCAGCUCUUCCGAGCCACUCAGUACACAUGCAUGUUGCUUAGCUAUUUAAUAGAGCAUAAGGCUGAUAAAGAGAAGCUGGUAAUGAAACUCAAGCAGUUGGAAUCUAGCAUGAGCUCUGGCCGGAAAAUGUUCAGACUGGGCAACAUGGUACACGCUUUGGUAGCAGCCAGGAGAACUACACAGCUGCCAGAUGUGGUUCCUCGCUUCUGCCUUACAGCCUCCAACCUGACCCGUGCCCUCUACUUCGUCUGCGAUGCGGUCCUGUGGUUGAAGAGUGUUGGGCUCCAACCUGACGUUGAUAAGGCAAAGUGGCGGAACUGGGCUACCAAGUGCUACUACUUUUCACUCCUGAUGAAUCUAGCCAGGGACUGGUAUGAGAUCGCCUGGAGGCUGGAACAAGCUGUACAGGAAGAAAAGACAAAGGAGAAUUCCUUCUGGGACAAACACAAUCAGGAACUAAACUGUGUGAAAUGUGAUGGUUUGCAUGGUUUUCUCCUCCUGCUGUUUCAGAUACUGAAAAGACAUCCUCCUUUGCUGCUGGACUUGGUGAAGAAUCUCUGUGAUCUCUCAGGACCUUUGGAUACGCUAGGGAUCUACAAGACGAACCCAGGAGUGAUUGGUUUCUGUGGUGUCCUCUCCUCCCUGGUGGGGAUCCUCACAUUAGCAAGCCCACAUCUGAAGCUGAAACAGUGACAUAAAAGGAGUUGCGUAGUAUGCAGCGAGCCAACAGCUUUGAUCCUCUGAUAGGUUUUUAUCCUCCAUAUGGCACUUUCAAAACGAACAUGUCUCACAGGAACCUCAAAAUUAAUUUUGUUCUCUGAAUAAGUGAAUUCGACCCUUUUUGCUUCCCUGUGUCUUUGCAGAUGAGUUUGGUGCCUGAUGGAGUGGAGAUGGGAGAAGGCAGAGUAAUAUUUCACAAACAGAAACAGGACUUGGAACAUGGCUGCUAGAUAAGGAAAUAUUGAUGUUCCUAUAUUUUCAUACAGGGUUGUGAAAUAGCUGCAUAGACAAGUGUAAUAGGUAUAUGACUCAUAACUAACUGUGUUUACAAUGGAAAGCUGGAAUUCACCAAUCAAAGGUUCCUACAGUCAGGUUUUCUAUAGUGGGCUCAGGCAAGUUAGGAGCUGCGGUUAAAAUGGCCUGAAGUCAAGAACGAGUGUUCUGAUGGGUUUGGGUUGAUGGAUCCUGUUAUCUGUAGGCAGUGGUUUGAAUGCAGUGUGAUGGUAACUGGAGAGUGGUAUGAUCUGACCUUCCGAUGAUCUCUGUAACGUGCACUGGUGACGCUGGAUCUGUAGUCUAGGGAGUGCCAAUUUGUGUCCCAGGCAAUCAGCACUUUCUUCUUUUCCUUCAAUAAUGUGAGCCAAGGACCGUUGGCCACUGACUCUGACUUCUCCAGCAGGCCAUGGCUGAGGGUUUUGGUGAAGGACAGCAUGUAGGAGAAGCUUGUCUGAGUGCUGAUGAUGCUGUGAUUUGUAGGGAACUGUGUUUCCAAAGCUGUGAAUCUGGAACCACUCAAAAGCACUAGAUUUCCCAUUACACACGCUCCUUAACUCCCAAACCCCUGUGAUUCCAAGUACAACAAUUUUCCAUUAAUCAUACUGUGAUAAGUAGCUUGUUUUGCUGUUUUAAUUUUACGUGAAAAAUCCAGUAUAAUAAGGAGCUUUGGAACCUGCAGUUAAGGAGAGAAGCCUGGCUCAGAGCUCGUUGAGUCAGAAAAACUGCAAGGGUGUGUUUCUAGUUGUGUAAGCUCCCGAGGGAAGGGAAUGGAGUUGGUCAUGAUAAUAUCAGAAUCCCCUGUGAGAAGAAGAGCUUAUUACUGGAUUUGGGCAUUCAUGGUUUAGAUUUUCCUAUCUGGUCCUCCCUAUCCUCCCCUCUCAUGACCACAAGAUUUCUUGUGUGUUCCCUUGCUGGUUGAAUGGGUUCUACCAUUUGAAAAUGCCUUACAUUUGCCCUGCCACUGCAUUAUUGCUCCUCACUUCCCUCGCUGGGAAUGAUUGCUUGGCAGUGUAAUCUUGGUUAAACGAGAAAUGCUGUGUCCAGCUGCCUAACAUGGCAUGGAGUCUUUGUUGCUCCUGACUUUACAGAGUACCAGUUCUGACACCAUCUGAGAAAAAUUUGCAUAUUAUAUAGGAGAUAAAAGUAUCAUUUUUCUUCGUCAGAGUUAGUCCUGUGUGUUCUGCUGCUUUCUGGUGCAAGGACUCCUUGUUUAAUCUGUCAGGAGAUGUGAACAGAGACUACUCUAACCUGAACCAAGGUAUUCUUAUUAUUUCUGAUGCUGUCUGAAAACAGAAAUUAGAGGGUGCUGGUCUCCUUUAUUAAAAGGCGAAGGCUGUGGAAUUGAGUAGGCACGGUAAAGCAGUGCCCCAGUUUACCUUAAGUCAUUGUGGUCAGGCUUGGAAUUACUUCCAGUUUGAAUCUGAAGUGUUAGCCUGCCAAUGAAGUGUUUGAAAAAAAGAGGUUGCUGGGCAGGAUAAUUAAGUGUGCUUGAAGACCAAAUGUGGCCUGCAGCAGCUCUUCUUUUUAAUAUGGAAAUGAAUACCAUUAAAAGUAGAAAGUACUGGCAGUUCAGACCAUAAUGGAGCAUUAUGUAUGGGAUAUGUUGUCUUCAAGGGCUUCCUCUCUUUUUUAACAAUGGAUUUUUUUGUUUCUUUACUCUGUUUGCCUUUGAGCUCCUGGCAGUGUGGAGCCCAUCCCUCCCUUGGUCAGAUUUGAUCAUUAUCCCAGUGUGUAGCAACCCCUGUAAGGAAGGAGGAGGAGUCUUGAUGAUCUGGCAGUGGAGGUUUGGCCACCUUUUGUCUACAGGAUUUAAUCUUCUUGCAAAAAAAUGCAUUUUGAAUUCUUCUGAGGGGAGUGCUCGGAUACCAGAUACUUCUUUCACUGGUUUGCGAACUGAUUUUUCUUUCUCUCUUGUACUUUGGAGGUAAAGGGAAAUGGAUUAAUAUAGUGAUGUGCCCCCUAGCCAGCUACACCUCCCCGUGCCCUGCGGAGAGAGAAGGGUGGUUUUUUCCCUUGUGCCAGGCAAACGCUGCAAAGCCGUGAGCCCGGUUUUGAUGUUUCUCCUGUAGGGACUGGCAUGGAUUAGCAAGUACAGACUUAAUGUGGGAGAUGGGGCAGUGAAUUUUCAGCCUGUCUCAGCCUUACCUGUCCCAUUCUACAUGAUGUGGGUUGGAACAUACAGGAGUAACUUUCUUUACUGGAUGUUAAGCACUAAUACUUGCCUUCUGCUCCCCAGCUGAAGGCUAGCACUUUUAUGUACCCUAACAUAAUGUGAAUGAAGCCAUAGAAUCACAAUCAUGUGGAGAAAAUCCUUUUAGUGCCUUUUUUUUGGUAUCUGUUUCUAAUACAGCAGUUGGAAUAAGGACAGCUGUUUGAACACAAGCAAUAAAAUGAGUGUGACACCGUG